UGUCUAGUUGCGGUUGAUGAAAGAAGGGUUGUCUCGUCGGAAUAAUUUCAUUUGAUACCCCUAACAUCGUACUAAAUAAAAUAAGUAUUAAAUUAAAUCCUGUGGAUAAAAUUAUAAUGGCCGCACAAACAGUUUUAUUUGAUUUUACUGUGGAUCCUGUUCGCACCUCCGAUCCCAAAGAAAGACAAGAAAUUGCAAAAGUAUUACGACAUGAAUUGGAGUGUCUGUUUCCUCAAUUGGAACAGCAAUACCAAAUGCCAAUGGAUGAUGGAUAUUUCGCCGUUUUGACCGAGAAUAAGGAGACCAUAAUUACGGUGCGAAUUUUCGGCCAGGGUUUGGUUACCAUCAAUUUGGAAUACUAUUUGGAAGAUGGCAAAGAGCAGCUUUUGUCAUUCGAUACCAUGCGAGCUUUGGAAUUAAUAUUACAACAAAAAUUAAAUUCAGAAAAUUCCAAAUAUUUGCCGCCUAUAAAACGUGGUGGAUAUAUUGAUAUUUACAUGACAACUUCAGAUGAACGUAUUAUCGAAUACGAUAUUGAUUCAUUGGUUUAUGAGGCACGUUCACCAUUCCAGAAAAUUCAAAUUAUGCACUCGAAAACAUUGGGCAAUAUGUUGAUAUUGGAUGAAUUGCAAAAUAUUGCUGAAUCUGAUUUAAUUUACACCGAGACCCUUAUGGGCCGUGGCGUUGAAAACUACGAAGGCAAAGAAAUUUGUAUUUUGGGUGGUGGAGAUGGUGCCCUGCUAUACGAGCUAUUGAAGGAGAAACCCAAAUUUGUUGUUAUGCUGGAAAUCGAUGAAUUGGUUAUGCAGGCGUGCAACAAAUAUCUCAACAGUAUUUGCGGUGAUGUUUUGGAGAAACGUAAAGGGGACAAUUAUGAAAUUAUCGUCGGCGACUGUGUGGAGUAUAUGAAGAAGUUCAUUGCUGAUGGCCGUAAAUUUGAUUACGUCUUUGGCGAUCUCACCGAUAUACCCAUUUCGGGAGCACCCAUUGGUGAAUGUUGGGAUUUUAUACGCACAAUUUUGGAGCACUCCUUUAAAAUCUUGAAACCCGAUGGCAAAUACUUGACCCAUGGCAAUGGCACCAGCUGUGUGGAGUCAUUGGAAUUGUUCGAAGAACAACUGGGCCUGUUGAAACCCAAGGUCAAGUUUACCACAUCCAAGGCAUUUGUGCCCUCCUUUAUGGAAGAAUGGCUCUUCUAUCAAGUGUCCUUGGCUUGACGAGGUGAAGUGGAAGAAAAUACGUUUCUUAACGAUUCACAGCGACGACUUAACUCAAUUAAUAACAAUAAACAAGACACUGAGGCUUCCUUUAUCACAAACCCAUCAACACAGCAUAGAGCACCGGCAAGUAUCUUGCCAUUGGCUAGUCUACCCUUCGAAAAUGACUGUGAAAUGGCUCCACACAAACACAGACGUUUUCUUUAUCACACAUCCAUCUCUUAGUCACCUCACGUUGAGCAAUGCAAACAUUUAUUUAAUGAAUAUUUAGCCAUACUUUUGUUUACAUUUGAUUGUCAAUUUUUUUAUUUAAAAAAGCAUACCAAAUAUUUAAGAAGAAAAUGUAAUUAUUUUAAGUUAGCAUUUAGUUAACGUGUGAAUAAGUAACAGAAAGCUCCCUCUUCUCCAUCAACACAUUGACCCAUAUUGUUUUCAAUAUCCUUGUGGAUAAAUUUCAAACCAUGUUCCUUUUAGCUAAACUAUUUGAACAGUUUUUGUUUACUUCCCCUACUCCCCCACUUCUUCUUCUUCAAAAAAAAAGCUGGAGCGUAAAUAUCCCAUUAUUUUUGGGUAUUAAUAUAAUUGUACUUACAGUAUAUAAUACGAUAUGAUUACGAUCAUAUUAUUUAUAAAUUCAUUUUAUGUUGUUCCUCUUCACUUGAACGAAAUUAUUACUAAAGUAUAACAGACUUAAGAAGGAAAUGCAAAAGGAUAAUUUUAAUUUACUUUGUUUUAUUUAAGGCAUACAUUCAAACAAAAAAACCAAAUUAAAAUAUAAAAAAUAUAGUCGUACGCAGAAUAUUGUGAA